AUGUUGAGAAAGGAGUUUCGCAAGGGAGAUCCAGCAUCAUUCGAUCAAGUGCGAAUUGACAAUACUAUCAAUUUUUUGAAAUCUGCAGCCAAAGAGACUGGUCUUGAGCAUAAAUUAGUAAAGAACCUUUUGCGGGCAACUCAAGGAAAGGAAUCCUACGCAACAACACUUGAGGCAAAAUACUAUGACACAUUACGACAAAACUCUUGA